UUGUGCUUUUUUCCCUAUGGGAAACAUUGUUGUGAUUCGGCUGAAAAUCAAGGACAAUUAAUCUGUGGAGAGCAGAAUGCAAAAAAAGAAACACAUUCGGAUUUUCAAAUUUUGAGUGACUACUUUGGUGGCGCAUUUUACACUGUAUACCUACAGUUACUUAAGACUACACUUUAAGCCUGGAUGGCAUCAAUGGAGAGUGCAUGUUUGCAUUAAAAAACAUUCAGACGCCACUAAAACUUUCCUGAACUUCGGCAACAGGUGCGUCCUAUGCUGGCUCUCCUGCGUAAAGGUGGCAUCUGAGAGCUAUCGCAGCGGUGGAUGGAGAAUGCUCAUUAAAACUUUUUUCCACACCGGAAUUGUUUUAAUUGGUAGUCGCUGAACAGGAUUAUGUGGAUACUACUUGGCUGCUAUCGUCCACAGAUGUUUCCGAAAUCGGACCGGGGUCUUCUGAGCGCGAUUUCUGCGUGGUGAUUUAGACUCAGCAUCGCUCUACUUAAUCGUAGCUGUCCACAAGGAAUCCAAAUGAUCCAGUUAUUACUUGUGCUUCUCGCAUCGUCUCUCCAACAGCAUGGUGUGGGAGCGGAAUCGAGUCACAUCAGUAAGUUUCACCAGUCCGCAGCUAAGGAGCAGAACGGAGUGCAGGAGUCCCAGCAUGAGAAGGUGAUCCGUGUGAGUGAGGGGGGGGAAGGGGAGCUCCGCAGCCCCAACUUCCCUCACGUCUACCCCCGCAGCGCCCAGCAGGUGUGGAGGCUCCUCGCAGCCAAUGAGAACGCUCGCAUUCAGCUCACCUUCGACCAGCGCUUCGGACUGGAGGACCCAGAGGAUGGCAUGUGCAAGUAUGACUAUGUGGAGGUGGAGGACCCGGUGUCCGGUGUAGUUCUGGGUCGCUGGUGUGGUCAGUCUGCUCCGGGUCCACAGGUCUCCCCCGGCAACCAGCUCCGUGUCCACUUCACGUCUGAUGAGUACUUCCCCUCUGAGCCCGGCUUCACCAUCCGCUACAAACUACUGCCACAGCAGGCCCCGUCCCCUGUGGAGGUCCCGGUGGUGGCGGUGGAGGUGCUGAGUGAGGCCGUGUCCCAGCUGCAGACAGUGGAGGAGGUGCUGCGCUACCUGGAGCCCGAGCGCUGGCCCCAGGACAUGGAGGAGCUCUACACGCCCACCUGGCACCUGCUGGGCAAGGCCUUCAUCCAGCCACGCAAGUCCAGAGGUGUAGUGGACCUGAACCUGCUGCGUGAGGAGGUGCGUCUGUACAGCUGUACUCCGCGUAACUUCUCGGUGUCUCUGCGUGAGGAGCUGAGGAGGACCGACGCCAUCUUCUGGCCCGGCUGCCUGCUGGUGCAGCGCUGUGGGGGCAACUGUGCCUGCUGUGCCCACCGCUGCCACGACUGCCAGUGCCAACCCACGCGCGUGGCAAAGAAGUACCACGAGGUACUGAUGAUGAGACACAGACCUGGGAGUCGUGGACUGCAGAAGACCCUGACGGACGUUGCUCUGGAGCACCAUGAGGAGUGCAGCUGUGUGUGUACGGACGACUCCGACUGACCACGCUGCCUCAACCCCCUGACCCAACAACACACACACACACACACACAGGACUGGCCCUGCAUGGGACCCCCAGGGCCCCUCUGGUGGAAAAGACUGGAAACUUCCUCAGACCCUCCCCCCCCACACACACACCACCAACACCACCCCAACUGAAAACCCACACUGGACUAUCCUCCAGCCUCUUUUAUGGAUAAGACUGGGUGUUAUUCCAUACUCCAGGCGUGGACUGGAUGUUAUUCCAUACUUUCACUAGUGGACUGGAUGUUAUUCCAUACCUUCACUAGAGGACUGGAUGUUAGUCCAUACUUUUACAAACAGACAGGAUGUUAUUCCAUACUUUCGCUAG